AUGAGUUAUUGUAUGAACCACGACGGCAAAGAGUAUAAAUUAAAAACAACAGUAAGUGAAAGAGAUUUAGGAGUGAUUAUUUCAUCCGACCUUAAAUGGCAUGAUCAAGUGACUUCAGCGACAGCAAAAGCACAAAGAACUUUGGGUCUAAUUAAACGUACGUUUACAUACUUCGAUGUGGAAAUGGUGAAAUCACUAUAUACAACAUUUGUGAGACCGCUUCUUGAGUUCGCUAUACCUGCAUGGCAGCCUUAUUUACAACGGGAUAUUGAUGAGUUAGAGAAAGUGCAAAGAAGAGCAACGAAGUUAGUUCCACAACUUAAAAAGAUUUCAUAUGAAAAAAGACUGAAAGCAAUGGGUUUAACAACAUUAGAGAAAAGACGAGCUAGAGGAGAUCUUAUACAACAAUACAGAUUCAAGCAAAAUAUAGACCAAAUAAAUUGGUACAAAAAUCCAAAACCGGCAUCAUCCGUGACUAGUUCAGGCCCGGCUUUUUCUGAGGAGUUUUUUCCAGAUCUUGUUAAAAGAAUUAAAUCUAAAGAAGGUCCAGUAAAGAAGGCUUUGGACCCAGAUAAAGCAAAUGAAAUUAGAAAAAACAUGUCUAUGCAUGAACCUGUUAAAAUGAAAGUUGAAGAUGCUCUCAGCCUAAAAAUUCAAUGUGAUCUGUCCGAUGAACAAUAUCAGAUAAUCAGAAAUAGCUCCCUAUUACAAAAUGCAAACAUCUAUCCGUCUCUUCAUAAAAUUUUAACUGAAAAAAAGAAAUGCUAUCCUGAUAAUAUGAUUUUUUCAGAAACAUCUGCAGUUUGCUCCCUUCAAUCUCUUUUUAAUCACACUGUGUAG